GCGUGCGCGAGGGCGAGAGGCGCUGCGUUUUGCUGGCGUGAGUCCCCGGAAAGUCGGGAAGGAGGCUCUGUUUUGUGCCGGGCCGCACCUGGCUGGCCAGCGCCUCGGGCCCAGGCUCCGGGUGGACAGGCUCGGACUCAGUACAGCCUCGGGCCGCCCGCUCCGAGGUGUGCCUCACCUGCUGGGCUGUACCGGCCCGCAUCGCCUUUCACCCCGCUGCUGAAGGCCGGAGGACUCCGCCCGUGACAGGCAGACAUCAGUCCUUCCAUCUGGCGCUUGUUAUGUACGGGUUCGUUUCUGCCAGAGCUGUGUGAAGAAAAGACCCUAUCUGCUCUGUGGAGAAUGGAUUGGAAAAGAGAAAGAAGGGGGAGACCAUGCAGGAAACUCUUGCAGAAGUUCAGAUCCUGAAGGUGAUAUGAGGGAAUGGACCAGAGAGAAAGAUGUGGGCCUGGAAGCUUUAUGAGAAAGAGGACUUUCAAACCAGUCCCUGAGACCAACCAGAACACUGUUUGACACAGACAACUGGAUGGAGACCUAGCUGGGAGAAGGAAGAUGCUCCUGGAAGGAACUGAUACAGGAUAACAACAUGGAAAGGAAAGCCCAGGAGAGCAGGAAAGGUCUGACCCACAGAGAAGUCCCUCGUGUUGUUGGGCUGCUGCUCGCCAUGGCCCUUAUGAAUGUGGUCCUUUACCUCUGCUUUGACCGAUUUUUCAUAUCCCCUCAACAUUCCACCAAGGACCCUAGAUCUUGUCCAUAUGGUUACUUCAAAAUGGGGCAGAUGAAAAACUGUUCACCCUGGCUGUCCUGUGAGGAGCUGAGGACAGAAGUAAGACAGUUGAAGCGUGUUGGGGAAGGAGCCGUGAAGAGAGUCUUUCUGUCUGAGUGGAAGGAACGCAAAGUUGCACUCUCACGGCUCACCAGUCUGGAAAUGAGAGAUGAUUUCCUCUAUGGACUACAGAUGCUGAAAUCUCUACAAAGCAAACACAUUGUCACACUGCUUGGCUAUUGUGAGGAAGACAACACUAUUCUUACUGAAUAUCACCCCUUAGGUUCCUUGAGCAACCUGGAAGAAACACUAAACCUUUCAAAGUACCAAAAUGUGAAUACAUGGCAGCACAGGCUGCAGCUGGCCAUGGAUUAUGUUGGUGUCAUUAACUACCUGCACCACAGCCCCCUGGGCACGCUGGUCAUGUGUGACUCUAAUGACCUGCCCAAGACACUGUCUCAGUAUCUGCUAACAAGUAACUUCAGCAUUGUGGCAAAUGAUUUAGAUGCCUUACCCCUGGUGAACCACAGCUCUGGGACAUUUGUGAAAUGUGGCCACAGGGAGCUUCAUGGGGAUUUUAUAGCUCCUGAGCAAUUAUGGCCUUAUGGAGAGGACAUACCUUUUCAUGAUGAUCUCAUGCCCUCAUAUGAUGAGAAGAUUGAUAUCUGGAAGAUUCCAGAUGUUUCCAGUUUCCUUUUGGGGCACGUUGAGGGUAGUGAUAUGGUUCGAUUCCAUUUGUUUGAUAUUCAUAAGGCCUGUAAGAGCCAGAAUCCUGCAGAAAGACCCACUGCUCAGGAUAUUCUGGAUACUUAUCAAAAGGUUUUGAAUUUACUCAGAGAUACUGUGAUGUCUCAGACAAGAGAAAUGUUAUAAAAAUCAGUGCAGCCAUUGAAGGGUGGGGUUUGAGGACCGAAUGGAAGUUAUAGCAGUUCUA